CUUGAACAUCAACUCUCUGGCAUAUCUACAAGACUAUAACCCCCACAUCCCAUCCCAAAUUCCAAAACUUCCCUUGAUCACCCAAAAUACAACUUUUUUGCCCCUUUUUUUCCUCAUAAAUUUCUUUUCUUUUUAUCUCUUAUUUUUGUAAGUGGAUAUAUGGAAUUAUCUAGUUGGGUUUCUUGUUUAUUUGUAAAUAGAAUGAUUUAUAAACAAGAUUGGAAUGUAAAGUUAUUGAGGAAAACAAAAACUUGCGAAACGCCCCUCUCUUUACUUCUCCUUCAAUUAUUCAAUAACCAAUUUCCGCCCCCUAACCCAUUGCACUUAACCACCAAAUUGCAAUUAUUCAAAUACAAAAUUUCAAUCACAUCAUCAUUAUUAUUUUAUCAUAUGAAUGAAAGAAUCUUAUUUUUUCAUGAUCUGCACCUUCUUUCCCUCUAAAACAGAGGAAGAUUGUGGUUGAAGCCUACUCUUAUGUUUCAAACAUUAAGAGUUUAAACCCCUCUUUCCAUCCCAUUAAUUUCACAAAAUGCAUUUUCCCAAUACCAACAUUCUAUUGUUUUGCCUUUUAACUUCUCUCUUAUCUAUCAUAAGGGCCACUCUUAACCUCACACUUCCUUAUCAACACCCUAAUCCUGAAGCUGUUGUUCAAGAAGUACAGAGGAGAGUAAAUGUAUCGAUAUAUAGAAGAGAAAUGCUGGACAUCGGCGGCGGCUGUCUCACCGGAAACCCAAUUGACGAUUGCUGGAAGUGCGAUCCGAACUGGGGAAACGACCGGCAACGCCUAGCCGACUGCGGCAUUGGGUUCGGCCGGUUUGCAUUAGGCGGAAAAGGCGGCCAGUAUUACAUCGUCACCGACUCCUCCGACAACGACGUCAUCAACCCAACUCCGGGAACCCUCCGAUACGGCGUCUUACUAUCCGAACCCCUAUGGAUCAUCUUUGCAUCCAGCAUGCUCAUCAAACUCAAACACGAACUCAUCUUCAACAGCUACAAAACCAUCGACGGCCGCGGCGUCAACGUCGCAAUCACCGGCGGCGGUUGUAUCACCCUCCAGUACGUCACCAACGUCAUCAUCCACAAUAUACGCGUCUUCGACUGUAAACCCUCCGGGAACGCCGACAUAAGGUCAAGUCCAACGCAUGUCGGCCGGAGAGGAUUAUCCGACGGCGACGGGAUUUCAAUUUCCGGUUCAAGAAACAUAUGGAUCGAUCACUGUUCUCUUUCUCAUUGUACAGACGGCUUGAUUGAUGCAAUUCUUGGGUCCACCGCCAUUACUAUUUCAAACAGUUAUUUCACUCAUCAUAACGAAGUUAUGCUCAUGGGUCACGACGAUGCAUACUUGCCGGAUAAAGGGAUGCAGGUUACAUUUGCGUUUAAUCAUUUUGGGAAAGGGUUGAUACAAAGAAUGCCAAGAUGUCGACAUGGAUAUUUUCAUGUGGUAAACAAUGAUUUCACCGAAUGGAAGAUGUACGCCAUUGGUGGAAGUGCGAAUCCUACGAUCAAUAGUCAGGGUAACCGCUAUAUUGCGCCACCGGAUCCUAACGCAAAAGAGGUUACAAAACGAGUGGAAGCAAACGAAAAGAAGUGGGUAGGGUGGAACUGGAGGACAGAUGGUGACUUGAUGGAAAAUGACCAACUCACUAUGAAUGCCGGUGUCUUCGGUGGUAUGAGGGAUGACGUUGGAACUGUGUCAUAUGGUGAUGGACCCAUCACUACCGGCGGUGAAAGCAGGAAUAAUGGUGAGAACGGCGGCCAUGAUGACGAUGACUACUUUGGGAUGAUAUUUGGUAGCGGCGCGACAACACAAUCACCACCACCCACCAAUAUCUUUUUGAUUUCACUAGUUUUUAUAGGUUUAUUUAUCAUUACCAUGAAUGGUGAUGGCUUUUUUACAUUAUUAUCAUUGGUUUUACUAUAGUGAAAAUUUGGGGGAUUCGGUAUAAAAAGGUAAAAAGAAGAAAGGAAAAAAAAUUCAUAAUUUUAUCAUUAUAUAUGCAUAUGAAAAUAACAAAAGUUAAUUAGAUAAAUGACUACAGCUAUUUAGUUAUUAAUGAAUCCAACGUUUACUCUUGUUUCCUUAGGUUUUUUUUUAUUCUAGUUGCAUAUUGGAACUUUGAAAAAACUUUACCUAAAAUAAAAUUUGGUGACGUCAAUUUAGGGUUAAUCACAGUUAACUUUGCAUAUAAAACAGAAAUAAGUUUGUAUUUUUGUUGGU